GCGCUUGUUUUGGGAGGCCCAUGGCUUAGCAGUUCGUGAUCUUCGCCUUCGCCAGGAACAUGGGGCAGAUGCGGUCCUUAAAAAGCUCCCGACUUCCGAGAGGACGGCUCGAGCGGAGGCCCAGCGCCGUCGCCUCACUGGCAUCACGUGGUCUCCCGAGACAGAGCCUUCGCAUCAGCUUGUGGAUCGCUUCGUGGCCAUGGUGGAGGAGCAGACCGUCAUCUACAUCCGUCCGGAGCUUUGCACGAGCCGAGCACAGGAGACCUUGCAGGUCAAGCAGGCUAAGACCUUCGCCCUCGGAUCCGUGCCGAAGAACAUGAAGCCGGUCACUCUUCAACAGAUCAUGGAUGCCGAUAAAAGGCUCUGGAUUCUCCUCUCCGAGGAGGUUCGGGGCAAGAUCGUGGCUCGCCCGGGCUCGGAUCCUACUUGUGACGCUGUCAUUGAGCGCCUCAGCACUUCGAAUGAUGUCCUCUCCUACCUCGCACCCCAGCAUGAGAUUCGACAACCUACGAUUCCUCGUUGGGAGCCUUACACUCCUCGCAAAGGCCGGGGAAAGGGCAAAGAUGGCAAAGAUAAAGGAAAGCUUAAAGGCCAACAAGGCGAAGGCGCCCCCAACCCUCCUUCAAUUCCGGAUGGCGCUCACAGCACUACGUCGGACGGCAAGCCACUUUGCUUCCUCUACAGUCGCGGCAAGUGCUGGGCAAAGAAGAAGGCGGGGCAGCGUUGUGCCAAAGGGUUUCAUCUCUGCUGGUUCUGCCUCAAAGAGCACCCCGGGUGCGAUUGCCCGAACAAGGGCAACUGA